AUGGUCGAUUACCCAGACUUAGACACCUUCAAGAAGCAUACUGUCUUCCUCACAGGAAGUACGGGGGCUCUUGGAGCCUGUCUCCUGUACAAACUUGCCGUCCAACUUCCCACGAACAAGAUUUUCGUUCUGAUCCGCUCAUCCCCCGAUAUCGCUAUUAGCAAAUGGCGACAUGUGAUGCGAGAUGAAUUUCAAUCUGUCAUUGACUCGGGGAAAAUACAUUACAUUCGCGGUGAUAUAACCCUACCCAGCUUCGGUAUAGAUGCCCUUUCUAUGGAAAAGCUACGCCGAGAAGUGACACUGAUUUUCAACACCGCGGCAAAUAUCACGUUGAACUCCACUAUAUCCGAUGCUAUUUCGGAAAACUGUUUACCAGCUUUGGAGCUCGCUCGAAUUGCUUCUAAGUUUCCAUUUUUGAAGAUCUUUAUUCAGAUCUCAACUGCAUAUGUGAAUAGCUUUCUCCCCGAUGGGGAGAUAAAGGAGAAAAUCUACGAGAUUUCGGACAACGAUCCUGAAGACGUUCUGGCAUCAAUUCUUGAUUCUGGAGACUCGAGAGACACCCAGCGAUUCUCUUCAUCUUAUGCUCAUGCUAAAUACUUGAUGGAGCGCCUUCUUCUCGAAAGAUACCCCCUCCUCCCUUUGUUGCUUCUGCGGCCGGCAUGUUUUGGCCCUGCAAUGCGCGAUCCAUACAAAUUGUACGGCCCGGACAGUUCACUUCCUCUGAACAAAUUUGCACAAACUUUUAUCGCUAUGCGUGAUCCGGCGCAGAUUUGGCAUGCUACUGAGGGUUCCACAACCGGAACCAACAUUUUGGAGGAGAUCCCCGUGGAUUUCGUUGCGAAUGUCUGCCUCCUUCAUGCAGCGAAAAAGACAUUUGGAAUUAUCCAUGUUGGUUCCGAACUCCAUGUGGACCGUACUUUCGACGAUUUCUUAGCCCUUUAUCGACUUGUGAUUCCGCUAGAAAAGCAAUCAUCAGGGGUUGUAUUUGUUCAGGACCGAAGCCUGGAUCAAUGCUUUUUGGCUGAUUUAGUCAAGGUUGGUACACGCAAUUGGAGAUUCGAUUGCAGUCGCUCCAAGUGGACUAAAGAAGUUCACGGCCCAUUAAGUUUGAAUACCCCUGGCCAUGAGGUAGAAGAACUGCAGAGGGAAAACAUCAGGCUUCUCUAUCACAAGGGGAACCGUCUAAUGCAAAAGCUCUGA